AUGAGGGGAUGGUUCGAUGCUUUCCGCAUCGACGGCGGACCGACGUUGUACAGCUACAGCAACAGAACACCGGUCACCGGCGACGUGCCAUUGGUGAUCGUCUUCGUGAUCUUCGGCACGAUCUUCACCGCGUUUCUGGUCAUAUUCCCUGGGAUUCGAAAGGAGAGACUGAGCACAUUUCUCACGGUGACCUUGAGCCUGUUCGUCGGAGCCUCGAUCCAAGUCGCCCAGUAUGGAUCAUCCUGGCACACCAGCUCCGCGACCAUCGUCAGCACCUACAGCGCGUACUCCGGACAAAAGACUACCGCUGAGAUCGGUGGAUACAUAGGCCUGAUGCAUAUCAAUAUCACGUACAGACUGUUACCAAGCAACGAACACCGUAUGGACGAUGUGGAGUACAACGAGAGGUUCUGGUGGAGAAGUACAGGAGAAAUGACCAGUGCAUUCAAGCAAGCGCUUAACCAGGGCGCACCGUUCCCCAUUGUAUCGCUCGCGGAAUACUUCAGCCUCCAUCAGGAGGGAUUCUCAUGGGGAAGCAAGUACCGGCAGGCUGGUUACUAUACGUCCCUGAUGCUCUGGACGUCCUUUGCUUCCUGGACCAUGAUGAACUUGCUGCUGGUGGUAGUGCCACGAUACGGUGCCUACGGAAUGAUUUCCACCGGUAUUUGUAUGCUACUGACCAGUUUAAUAUACUGGGCGCUACUGCCGUGCGAGCCACUGAUAGCCCAUAUAGAGGGCUCUAUUCUUGCUUUCAAUCUGGGAUGGAACUACUGGCUGGUUUUACUGUCCGGUAUCGGAUGCCUAUUCGUCGGUGCGGUGAUAACAGCGAUCGACAUGAUAUUUCCUCAUCAAUUCUCCACUAUAUUGGAAGUCGACUAUGACACUCCGUACGAUCGACACGUUAUCAUAGAGGAGAGUUUCGACACGAGAAACAUCAGGCGAAGGUUACCUAAAAUCGAGGAUUCAUUUGGUGAUCGAAUAAUAAGUCAGUUGUCGUCGAAACUGCAGAGCAGACACGACGCGAAGGAAGACACUCAGGGCGUGAUAAAUCGUGGUUACACUUCGCACGAGUCCGCGGACUUCCAACACGAGGACACGGCCAAGAACAAUUGGUCCUAUCCAUUCCCAUCGUCUUCGCGGAGGACCAUUAACGAUUGA